CUUUAGCAAGGGUAAGCGCAAAGGCCUUUGGGUGGUAGCCCGGUGUACGCGCGCUGGCGCCCCCCCUCACCUGUGCGUGCCUGGGGGCGUGGCCCCGCUCACCUGCGGGGCGGUGUCGCAGGCAGACCGAGGCCACUCGCUCCUGCCUGGACUAGCGGAAGAGACGGACUGACUGGCCGGAGAAGGGCCGAGCGCGCGUUCCGCCCUGCCAGCCCAUCGCCGGGUGGCCGCGGGAGAGGCUGGCGCGCAAUUAUUCCCCUCACAAGCAGGUCAGGCUCCCCCCGAGCCUGCCUGCCGCUUCUGCUGAGGUCGACCACCCCGACGACCUCAUGGCCUCGGGCUCGUACGACGUGAGCGGCGGCCAAGCCCCGGAGGACGUGGGCCCGACGGCGCAAAACAGGCCGGACAACACGGCGUUCACCCAGCAGCGACUGCCGGCCUGGCAGCCUCUGCUGUCGGCCGGUACGGUGCUGCCGCUCUUCUUCUGCUUAGGCGCGGCCUUCAUGGCCCUGGGCUUGGGGCUCCACUUCUCCUCGGAGGAUAUCCGCGAGCUGGAGCUCGACUACACCGGCGCGACAGGUUCCAAUUGCGCUCGCUGCGCCAACGUCACCAGCAGCCCCACCCGCCAUGCACCUUGCACCUGCGUGCUGCGCUUCGAGCUGCCCGUGGAUUACCCUGCGCCCGUCUGCCUCUACUACCAGCUCUCCAACUACUACCAAAACAACCGGCGCUACAGCAUCUCUCGCGACAACGCGCAGCUCAGCGGGGAUUCCUGGGCGCUGACCAACCCCAUCACCGAGUGUCAGCCUUACCAAAGGAACCACAAGCUCCCCAUCGCCCCCUGUGGGAACAUUGCCAACAGCCUCUUCAAUGACACCUUCGCCCUGUACCAUGUGCUUCGCAAUGGCUCCAUGGUCUCUGUGCCCCUGGACAAGAGAGGCAUCUCCUGGUGGACCGACACCAACGUCAAGUUCCGGAACCCUGAACCGGUCAAUGGGAGCCUGGCUCUGGCCUUCAAGAACACCAUCAAGCCUCCCAACUGGCCCUACCCAGUCUAUGACUUGGGCAACAACACGGGCCCAAACAACACGGGCUUUGUCAAUGAGGACUUUAUUGUGUGGAUGCGCAUCGCCGCCCUGCCCACCUUCCGCAAGCUGUACGCCCGCAUCCGCCAGGGGAAUUUCUCUGUGGGGUUGCCCCGUGGCACGUACCAGCUCAAUGUCACCUACAAUUACCCUGUCCUCUCUUUCAGUGGCAGCAAGAAGGUCAUUUUCAGCACACUUUCCUGGAUGGGGGGAAAGAAUCCUUUCUUGGGCAUUGCUUAUCUCGUUUGUGGUUCGGCCUGCAUCCUCACUGGCAUUGUCAUGCUAGUUGUGCAUUUGAAAUAUCGGCAACAAAAUGAGGAAGAUUAAUAGAGCAGACUCUGACAGUCAACAGGUUUAGGGGAGGACUGCUGCAGAAAGUUUGCUGGCCAGAUU